AUGCUGCUACUGGAUUCGAGCUCACCAGAAUGCUGGAUGGAAGUCCAGGAGGAAAAAGUUAGUCAGUGCUCGAAAAAUGCACGUUCAAGCUCCAUCACGUUUUGUGUCAAAAAAAGAACGAUUGGUCCCAUUUCUAGAGGCUUGCCUACUGAAAUUUCCACAGUGCCGUACCAAGCCCAACUUGUGAGAAAGACUGACGGUAAAUUGUUUUGUGGGGCAACAAUUAUCGACAGUUGCUGGCUGUUAACGGCAGCUCAUUGCUUACUUGAUGAUUUAAAAACAUUCAAUGUGAAGACCGGCUCGACGAUUACGGGCGAGGCUAAUUUGAGAAUUAUCGAAAAGACCAUCCAGCAUCCCGGUUACAAUAAUAUAACUUUAGCACACGACAUUGGUUUAAUAAAAGUCAGUCUUCACACUAUACGAGACAAAUUGAAGACGUGUCUUCGGUUCGACAAAACUCAAAAAGCUGUGGAGUUGUCAAAAAAUAAUCCAAGUUUUCCCGAUGUCGUAAAAAUAUCCGGAUACGGGCGAGUAGAAACCUACGACACGCAUCCGUCCAUGUACUUGAGAGAAGCGUACGUUCCGGUGGUAAACAAAACGGAGUGCCGGAGUCGCUACGACAAUCUCAGGGGCCGUACCGUCGACGAAAGCGUAUUCUGCGCCGGCAGGGGAUACAGUGACAGCUGCAUCGGGGAUUCGGGUGGACCCGCUGUGCUGAGGGGACGGCUCGCCGGAAUUAUAUCAGCGGGGGAAGAAUGCUCGGACCCUUUCUACCCCAGCCUGUACACCAGAAUCGAUGUGCACCUCGACUGGAUCAAAAAUUCACAAUGCUCAAGUCAGGAGCGAUUGCACCAGUUGCCCAAUAUCCCAACAAAGGAGGAGUUGCGCAUGCUAUCCUGUCACUUCUCGAAACCGGGGACACCUUGCUCCUCGGUACACCCGGGCUUCCCCAGUGUACCCAUAGCAGGUGCUGGUUUGGAGGACGAGGCAGGUAGGCGUUCACCCCUUCACAGGCCGAGAUCUCGAAGCCUCAGCUCUCCCAGUCGAUCUCCCAUACUUGAUUGUGAAAUUGUCAUGAUGAACACCAUGUACAAGGAACGCUUUCCAAAGGCCACUCAACAAAUGGAGGAGCGUUUGACGAACUUUAUUAAUGAAAACAAAGACAUUGAUGAGUACGAGCUCGUUAGUCAAAUGGCUCAAGACUCUCUGCCGAUAUUGCGCUUCGUCCACCAUCAAGUGAUCGAAAUGGCUCGUGACUGUUUACAAAAGUCUCAAGAAAAACUCAUUACUACGAGAUAUUUUUAUGAGAUGAGCGAGAAUCUAGAGCAUCUACUAGUAGAGACCAAAGACAAAUCACUUGAAGCCGCAACGCGUCUGACUGGUCUGAUAAAAAAGCUACUGUUGAUCAUAUCGCGGCCGGCACGACUACUCGAGUGUCUCGAAUUCGACCCGGAAGAAUUUUAUCACCUGCUCGAGCAAGCCGAAGGCCAAGCUAAAGUCACAAUUGGUAUAGAAAAAGACAUUCCGCAGUAUAUCAUUAAUAAACUGUCUCUGAAUCGUGAUCCCAUUUCUGAACUUCAAGAGGAAAUGAACAAACUUGAGGGCUCGGCAAACGCAAACGAUAGCAAUUUGCAACUAGCGUCAUCGAGUCCCAAUCAAAAGGAAGAGGAGAGGACCCAGCAACGGGUUCCUUGCGAGAGUGAUUACGAAAUACUAAAGCUUAUCAGUAAUGGAGCAUAUGGAGCUGUCUAUUUGGUCAAGGAAAAAUCGACAAGACAACGAUUUGCCAUGAAAAAGAUAAAUAAAAAUAAUUUGAUGUUGAGAAAUCAGGUGGAGCAAGUAUUUGCCGAACGCGACAUCAUGAGCUUUACUGACAAUCCAUUUGUAGUUUCCAUGUAUUGCAGCUUUGAAACAAAGAAACACCUAUGUUUGGUAAUGGAGUACGUUGAAGGCGGGGAUUGUGCUACUCUAUUGAAAAACAUCGGCCCUCUACCUCCAGAUAUGGCAAGAUUUUAUUUUGCUGAAACUGUUUUAGCCGUUGAAUACCUACACAGUUACGGGAUUGUUCAUCGUGAUUUGAAGCCCGACAACUUGUUAAUUACAGCUCUUGGUCACAUAAAACUUACGGACUUUGGUUUAAGCAAAAUGGGUCUCAUGUCUCUUGCCACAAAUUUAUACGAGGGUUACAUCGAAAAAGAUACCAGACAAUUUUCUGAUAAACAAGUUUUCGGUACACCCGAAUAUAUCGCUCCCGAGGUAAUUCUCCGUCAAGGCUAUGGGAAACCUGUUGACUGGUGGUCUAUGGGAAUCAUAUUGUACGAGUUCCUUAUUGGCUGCGUUCCAUUUUUUGGAGAAACACCGGAGGAGCUGUUUGCUCACACAGUCAAUGAUGAUAUCGAGUGGCCGGAAGAAGACGACUGGCCUGUACAACCGGAAGCUAAAGACAUCAUAACAGCUCUUUUACAACAAAGUCCUCGAGAACGUUUAGGAACGGGAGGCUCGCACGAAGUCAAAGAACACCCUUAUUUCUAUGGAGUCAAUUGGAACACCCUCUUAAGACAGAAAGCCGAGUUCGUUCCUCAGUUAGCAAAUGAAGAGGAUACUAGUUAUUUCGAUACGCGGAUGGAUCGUUAUAACCACGAUCUUGGUGAUGAAACGGACGAUACCGACGAUUCACCCCUAUUUGGUUCCUUUUCCUCGUAUUCGCCGCAGUCUCGCAAAAUUUCACAAACGCAGCUGCCAAAUUUGAACCAGUCAGAAACUGAGCCAGAUUCUUUGAAAAAGCAACUGUUUCGAAAUGAACUGGAAAGAACCGUGGCUCAGUUGACUUUAAAUUCACCUGUCUCGUCGGUACAAACCCUUUCCAAGACGGAAGAAAUUGUUGUGGAGAAGCCUGUCGUGCAAAGCGAGCCUCCAAAAUCAUUAGUCCCAUCAGCUGUUAAGUUAAAAAAGAGCUCGAGCGCAGACUCUCAGUCAACUGGAAAAAAAACAACAUCACCCCCACUGUCUACUCCCAUUGGGCCCAAUACAUCUGGUCCGUAUCACAGUACACCCGAAAGCUCGCAAACCGAAUCGGAUGACAUCAGUCCUCAGAUCCAGAGAAAGCGAUUUGUUCAUUCGCGAGACAAGCUUCCCAGGUUCAGUAUUUCCUUCGAUGAUGAUAGUAACAACACGCUCGAUCUGAUGGCUGCUCACAGAGACUCAACCGAAGAUAAGCUCGGCUCUAGUACGGACUCUUUUGAGUCUUUCACAGCUUUUCCGCUUUUACCUACCGGUAAGCAAAAAUCACGGUCUGUAAUUAAAUCAGCGUCCACCAGCGGUCUUUCGUUAGUAAUACCAACGGGUGAUUAUUCAUAUCCGGCUGCUGGUGCAAAUCAAGCUGUAGAGUCUCCCGGGGGUUCAUCAACGGCCUCGUCGCGUGAUACGUCGCCGUGUCGGGAACUGAGUCCCCUGGUAAUGAGCUUGAAGCCUCCGAUAAUCAUUCGCCGAGGUCCGAACGGUUUUGGAUUCACUGUACACACAAUUAGAGUCUACUACGGAGACAGUGACUUUUACACCAUGCACCAUUUGGUCAUGGCAGUAGAUUCGUCGAGCCCGGCGUUUGAGGCUGGAUUGCGUCCCGGUGACCUUAUCACCCACAUAAACGGCGAGCCAGUUCAGGGCCUGUAUCACACGCAAGUACUGCAGUUGAUGUUAAGCGGCGGUGAUCACGUAACUUUGCGCAGUACGCCACUCGAGAAUACCAGUAUUAAGACAGGAGGUCGCAAGCGGGAGCCUGCCCAGAGUAAAAUGGCCAGGCGAGCUCUGCAUCAGCGCCAGCGCAAACAGAAGCGAGAUCACAACGACAAAAAACGCAAGACCUCGUUAUUCAGAAAGAUAAGCUCCAAACGAGCUAGUGCUGAGAUGCAGCAGCCAUUAUGUAUCAGUUCUCCCUUGUCUGCACCCAUACUACCCAGUGACAGCAAACCACCCCUUAUGAUGGCAGCUGGAAUCUGUUCACCGUCAAUGGUGACGCCCACGCGAUCCUUUCAGGCAUUUGCCAGGCAACAACAGCAAGAUAUAUCGGCGCUUUUUCCGUCCCCAACAGGAGCACCAAACCGUCCCAGUGCAGAGUCUUACAACUCAACGGCUCAUUCGAGUCCAAGCUCAAGUCCAAAUUCAUCAUCACCUGGCUCGAAUACUUCGAUUGGUGGCAGCGGUGGUGUCGGCGGUGGCAGCGGUGGUGGUGUUGGUGGAAGCAACCAUGGGGUCAGCGUCAGUGGCAGUUGCUCUGGUAACUCUGUCAAUACCAGCAACUUGGGCAGCCAGGCCCAUUACCAGAGACCCAGCACGUUACACGGGCUCAAGCACAAACUGCACACCGCAGCCAAGAAUAUACACUCGCCGAAUCGGCGCAAAUCCGUCGGACACAUUCCCCUCUCGCCGCUGGCUCGCACGCCAAGUCCUUCGCCCAUCCCGGCCAGUCCGACGCGAAGUCCUAGUCCCCUUGCCUUUCCCACAGGCCAUCAGCCUGGCAGCUCCAAUACAACACAGUCUUACAGUCCUGGCGCUUCGCUAUCGACGCCAAAUAGCCAGAAAAAGGCGUACAGCCGUCCAAAGUCUGCUGAGCCCGGCUCGCCCCUCCUGCGACGUGCUUUGAGUCCAGAUCGGCUACAUCCACGUUCGGCUGAAACGAAAACGUCGAUAUCGCCGUUGGCCAACAGCGUAGUCAAAGUAACGCCUCGUGUGAGCAUAGCCCAGAGUACGUACCCUGAAAGUUCGGACGACAUCAACAGCAGCAGCAGCGAUGCUGGUUUAACUUCCAGUCAAAUGAAGGACGAUGUCACGGGUGUUAGUUGCUGCAAUACCAGUAAUAGCAGUAAUAAUAAACUGGACAAAAAAUCGGAGCAGCAGAAGUCAAUCGUCGACUAUUCGAAGCUCGGCCUUGGGAUUUCGAUUAACAUAGCGAACGUGCCGAUCUCAAUGUCGAACUCGAGUCAGUUGCCAAGAAUAGCUGAAGAGAAGGACUCACCGACUGGUAGCAAAAGCGACGAACCUUUGACGACGCGCGAAUUCAUAGAUGCUGGACAAGGCAGUAAAACCGAACAGCAGAUCGUCGUCAAUAAAAUAGUCCAGCAAAUACAAAACGAGUCGUUAUGCGAGAGCUUCGAGCAAAGAAAGUUUCGUCCAGAUUCUGCUGGCGAACCUGAUAAUAGAAAGCUACUCAGGAGGUACAAAUCAGAAAAUCUGGACUCGACGUCGCAAGAUUUUAAAAGUAAUAAAUAAAAGUAGCACACGUUGUUUACUGACUGACUAUUCUCUUCCUCAUUUUCUUACUUUUAUUUUAACAAAAGAAGAAUCUUGGCUGAUGCCGCACUCGUAAAAAAUUUCCGUCUGUUAAAAGCUGCAACAAAAGAGCAGAUUACCUAAUAAAAUUAAUUGUGGGCAGGGGCGAAAGGAUAUGUGUGUUUCAUUAAUGUGUUAUCAUCAAGUUUUCUAACGGUCAAAGGAAAUGCGAUGUUUAUCAAUUGUAAGAGUGAUUAAGAAAGUUCAUGGAAAAAAAAUUAUUCUAGUACGCGUAUUAUUAAUCUAACAAUAGUUUGCAUGUGUAUUGACUGUAUGUAUCACCAGUGAAAAUUAAAUUAUAAUCGUUUUUUAAAAUUUCGAUCUCGUGCACACUCAUAUUUUUAAAACAUUAAAUCUUAUAAUCUACUCGAUUCUGUGUAAUGUAAAAAUUAGUCUUACUCGCAAGUUCACUAUUUUAAAUAUAUAUAUUUAUUUAUUUACUAAUCGACCUUUUUAUUUCCAUUGAUAUAUUUUACUUGUAAUUUUUUUUUUAACUGUCAAAGAAACUCACUUUUUUCGAAGUAGAAAAGUUUUUAAAAAAUGAAGUAAGUUACAAUAUAUUUUAAUGUUGAAGUUAAAGAGCACACUCGUUCAUAUAUACAUACAAGUUGGAGCACUCACUGCCUCUUAAAAAUUGUAUUUCAAAAUGUUCGUUAAAACAAUGUUUAUUAUAGCUUUUGAGUAAAAACAAAAAAAUGGACUAAACACCCAUCACCACCAUGCACAUUUAGCCAAGUACAUUAGCUUAUGUGGAAAAAUUAGUAAAUUGAUAAAAAUAAACGUAGAACAGUUCAUAAUCUUCUUCAGUGACUAGUAACAAAGAAUUUCAGUAGUUGAUAAACAAUAGUAACGAUAAUGAUGCUAACUAUGACUGCUAAAUCAAGCUGCAGUAUUUGUGAUCUCAAACACUAUAUGUCUCUCGCAAAAGUAAAUCGCGACAGAUUUUUUUUCGUAAGUUCCAAUCAACAUUUGUCAUAAAAAAAGCCGUGCCAACUAAAUAAAUGUGGUCGAUGUGUUUGAUCGUGUAAGUCUUGAUUCUCAACAAAUGAAAAAUAUUUUUAAUUUUACAGAAAAUAAAUAAUAUUUUGACUACAAAAAGCAAAUAAUGAGAAAACAAAUAUAUAUACAUGUAUGGUGGCAGCAAAAAUACGCAUCGAUAGAAGAGAUAUUUAUGCAGGAAAAAAAAAAUUGUUGAAUCAAACUAGUGAAAGUCUCGUAUUAGUACUUUUAUGGGGAAAAAGAAUUUGAUGUAAUGAUUCGUGUUAUAACCUAGUGCUAAAAAUAAUGUUAUUUAGAAAUAAUAAAAAGGAAAAGAGUAAUAAAGAGUUAGAUGCAUUGCAGCUUAUUAUUUUGCAUCUAUGCAUUACAGUAGAGUUGAAAUUAGUUUUCAUGCUGUCAAUUUUUUUUGUCUAUCGAAGCGUUUAACCAUACACUUAUUUUUUUUUUAAUCAAUGUAAACACAAAUGUAUUUUUGGUGAAUGCGUUUCUUUGUAUAUUGUUUUUUCUGUGUGUGUUGGCACAAAACAAUGAAUGUGCACAACGUUGUAUAGAUACAUAAUUUAAUGCUUCUGCAUUUAAUUUGGAUGUUAGGAUGAAAGUUAUUUAAUGAGAAAAAAAAAUCAGGUUCAUCUGAUCAGUUUGGAAAUAUUUUAAAAAAAUUGUUCAGUGCAAGAAUUAUUUUUUUAAACGAUUGACAUGUCUGGUCUAUAACUGUGAUUCUUUUGUCUCUCUGAAAAUGAGAGCACGUAGACAAUGUAAUGGUGUCUACAAAGGUGUAUUAAAUUAUAAAUUAUUUGUUUUUAAAAAAGUA